AUGGCCGGUGAGCUCACCUCCGGUCAAGACCAUGCCUUGACGACGGCUUCAUGCCAGGAUGAACUCCUUGCCAAGACAUCGAAGAUCAAGAAAUCUCUGCGCAAGAUAUGGGCGAUGGAGAAGUCUCAGCGAGAACUGGGGGAGAACGAGAAAUAUCUAGCCGCGCUUUUGGCCCAAAAAAUCCAACUGAUCGAUUUGAAGAAAUUAAUUUCGAAGGAGCUUCGCCUACUAAGCUGCAGUAGGGCCGACAGUCGCAAACAUGGCUUGCCCAUGGUUGAGAAUGCAUCAACGACGGUAAAUCAGGGGGAAGAUAGAUCUUUGUUUUUAAUGGUAACUUUCAUUAGGAGCAAAUACACUAAUGCCAUAUAUGAAGUUAAAUUCAGAUUUGGAGGAGAAGUUGAUGAUAUGGGUGCACGAGUAGCACGUGUAGCCAAGUUCAGUGGUUCCACCCAUUUGGGUGCAAGGAUUUUCGACCGCUCCCAACUAUAUGUGUUUUCAAGGGAGGGUUGGGAUAAACCUUGCGUUAAGUCAUUUGGAGGGUAUAUCUUUGAUACGAAAACUAGGGCAUUAGAUCACUUAACACCUUCUACCGUACAGUUUAAGCAACAUGGAACAGUUGUGUCGGCAUAUGGCACACUUUAUUUUCUUGAAGCCAAAACGGACUUCGUACAAGGCCCAGCCUUAUUCUUUGGGAAAUACAACCCUGAUAAGAAGGAUUGGGUGCAAAUGCCUUCGUUUCCAUUUUCUCAUAGUUUUCGUAUGGGAGUAAUUGGUCAUGCCGUUGGUUUUGGCGUUAUUUUGUAUAUAUUGAAUGACUUGCACAGAAACUUUGAUGUCCUUGCUUUUCAUGUGCGUAGAAAGAAUUGGAAACGAGUGGAAAUUGGCACUUGUACUCCUUUCCGAGGGAGGGCCGUGAUUGUAGGCAAGAUUAUCUAUGCCUUACAUAUGUUUCAGGUGGGGGCGAUCAUAGCAUACUCCUUGGAGAUUAAAGAAGAUGAUGAGGGUGGUGUUGACUAUUCACUAGUCCAGCUAUAUGAAUUAAACGGCCUUGACAUUGCAGAUCCGCCAUCACAAUUUGAUGGACUUGUAACCGACUAUUUGGUUCAUCUGGGAAACCAAGACUUCGUUCAUUUUAAGACUGGCACUAACGAAGAAUGUGAUAAGGUUCAAGAUCUCUGUAUCACCUCGUUUCAAAUUGUUCAAGAAGGAAGAAGACAAAUGAUCGAGACCUUACAUUCAACUGUUCUUCCUGUGAAAAUCGAUGUUUGUAAUUGGUUCAUGCUUACGCUUGGCUUUACUCCAGAAUGCGCGGAUUAUGAACCCGAAGAAGGUAAGAGUGCAGCCAGCAUGAAGCAGCCAAAACAAGAAGAUGACACCACUUUGGAUGAGAAUUCUUUGAUGCAUGAGGAAGAAGCCAAACAUGAAGUAGCCUUAAUGCAUCAUGAAAAAGCAAACCAGAAAAAACCCAAGAAUGCAAGCGGAAUAAUUAAAAACAAAAGAAAAAGAAAAAGCGGAUGGAAGGAGGGAUUACAUGUAACCAAAAAAAAAGAAGGUGGGAUUACAGGUAGUAGAAAACAACCUGUAAUGUGA